UCUAUUCUUUGGUUGAAAACCAUGCUUGCAUUUGUCAUGAUGAGUAUGUUGAUGUUGCCAAUUGCUGGUGGACAAAAUGGAGACACACCUGACCUUCCAUCAGAAAUGACUCCAGGAUUUCCAAGAAAUAUAAAUAACAUCACAGUCUUCAAUGGGGCAUUUAAAGAUGUGGAAAGUGUAACAUUAUUUUUUGACUGCUUGGGCUCCCACUUUACCUGGCUGCAGGCCAUCUUCACCAACUUCCCAGACUUGCUCCAAUUUGUGAGCAAGUUGAAGUGUGUGGCUGGCCUCUGCCCCAAGGACUUUGAAGACUAUGGCUGUUCCUGUCGCUUUGAGAUGGAGGGGGAACCCAUUGAUGAGACUGACAGUUGUUGUUUCCAGCACCGAAAAUGUUAUGAAGAUGCUGCUGAAUUGGAGUGUGCCCAAGACCUAACCAAACUUUCCACCGAUGUCACUUGUGACAAUCAAAACAUUACUUGUGAUUCCAAGGAUCCUUGUGAGCAUCUUCUAUGUAAUUGUGAUAAAACUGCCAUUGAGUGUUUUCUUCAUUCACACAUCAACUCUUCCCUCAAUGGCCUUGAUGUUGCCUUCUGCAUGCCCACAGUCACAGAUACGAACAGCAAGGAAGAGAUCACGGGCCAGCUUCCUGCACACAAGAGCUCUCUGGCACCGUGGACAUCUACUGCACUAACAGAAGUCAUUCCUGAAGUGCCCACAGACAGCGUCUUAAAGGAUUCCUCUGUGGAAGCUGUUGUCAGAGGCCAUGAAGGCACAAUGCGCCCAGAGACUGUAGCCCUGCUGGGACCCAUGCAGCCUGUUUCUAUAUUGAAGGGAGUAACUAAUGCCUUGUCUGGCCUCAAAUCUGGGGACUCAGAUGUGCAAGCUUUGGAACCCAACCCUAAGGAGACGAGAGGAAAAGAUUGUGACAGAUUUACCUUUGUGCAACUGGGAGACAGUGGAGAAGUUAAGCAGGAGAUGCCCCAGAUUGGAGAAAUGCUCUUUUGUCUGACAGCUCGGUGCCCAGAGGACUUUGAAUCUUACGGCUGUUACUGUGGUCAGGAAGGAAGGGGAGACCCUGUUGAUCCCUUGGAUAGAUGUUGCUUUUCACAUCAUUGUUGCUUGGAACAAGUAAAGAAAUUUGGCUGUGGGUUAGAGAGGAGUUCAAGAUCCAAAGUGACAUGUGAGGAUCACAAAAUAAAAUGUAGUGGUCAGAGUCUGUGUGACAAUCUUCUGUGCUCCUGUGAUCAGACUGCUGCCCAGUGUAUGGCUGCUGCAACAUUCAAUGAGAGUCUUAGAUUCUGGAGCAGAUCCAGGUGCCGGGAGAAUGGAACACUCUGUGAAGACAGUAACCACGAAUGGCCUUUGGCUCCUACUGGUUUAGGGAGCAGGAGCUCAAGCUCUGAUGAGAAUAGCAGUGAAGAGUCAAUUGCUUCCCUCGAGGGGGGCUUCAGAAGAAAGAAAAGAUUUUUGGGAAAGCCAUUUGGCAAUACUGGUUCCAGGACAGCCCAUGGACAAUAA